UGCGCGCGCAUCCCCCCGGCGGGAGGCGGAGCCGGCAGCAGCGUCGGCGCUAUGGCGGCAAUGCUGCGCGUGGCGAGGGCGCUCCUGUGGGGCCGCGGCCCCACGGCCGCCCGAGCCGUUAGCACUGACGUGCCCCGCCGGCCGCGCGUGAGGGAGCCGCCCGCGCACGUGCAGGUGGACCGCUGGACGGAGAAGCGGGCCCUCUUCGGCGUCUACGACAAUGUGGGAAUCCUGGGAAACUUCCAGGCUCAUCCCAAGGACCUGAUCACAGGCCCCAAGUGGCUACGAGGCUGGCGAGGGAACGAGCUGCAGAGAUGCAUCCGCAAAAAGAAGAUGGUGGGUGAUCGUAUGUUUGACCAGGAUUAUAAAAAUCUUGUGAAGAGAAUCCGGUACCUGUACAGACGCUACAACCACACCAGAUUGCGUCACUAGGAGCGGCCUUGCAUUCCACCUUUGUCCUCGAGGCCGGGAUGGCUUCUUGGGGAGAGCUGAGGAAAUGUGUGGAAGAUGUGUACAGAUCAGGUAGUUUGUAAAGCCCUCAUAAUAAUAAAUUGAGUUUCUUUUCUACAAA